GAGAGAGAGAGAGAGAGAGAGCUUGAAGAUAUGAGUCACAAUGACACAAAAGGAAAGAGAUAGAGAAAGACAGAGAGAAGUAGAAAGAUUUAGAGAUUGCUGGAGAGAGGAGCAGCAGAGAAAAUGAGAUUGUGGCAACCAUGAAUCCAAUUGUCAUUUCCUGGAUGAUAUCGUAUUCCACUAGUCUGAUAAUAGUCCACAUAGUCUUAUCUAAUGAGAAGUUGCCUUCUUACGAGGUCUUCUUCGCUUUGCCAAGUAAAAUACAAAACAAAGAAAUACUGGCCUAGCUUUCCUCAGCUGCGUGCCUUCCUUUGCAGCCUUCUUCAGGCACUUCUUAUGCAAACGCAGAGCACGAUGAGUACAGCCGUUUUAUGAGGCUCCACAAUAGCCUCGUUAUCAUUAAGUUAUCAACUCUAUCAUGAGCACAGUGGGAUCCACCCAGCUAGUUACACAUUGACUAAAAGAUCUUGCUAUUAUCAAAGUGCAAAAUCAGUAUCUCGCUAGCUGAUGAGUGAGUGGGGAAACGUAUUCCAGUCUCCACCAGGAUUGAGUAACUAGAUAGAUGCUCAUUGAUUUGUCCAUGUGCUAGCUGUACAGUGCUUCAGAUCAUUUAGCUACAUGUACUUCUGCUACAAGGAAUUUACAUUUGAAGGAAUUAAAGAGUAGGUGUGGUAUUCAUGUACAUGAAUCCGUUUUUAUUCUGUUCUUCUUCAAGCUGCAAUACCAUUCAAUUCUGAUCUACAUACAUGCUGUUGAGUACACGUACUUGAGCAUUGGAAAAAGCAGGAUAUGGCUGACUAAGGAUCGAGCACAGCACAUACACGCUUUUGGAGCACAUCAAUGAUUCUCUGUGCAUACAUGAUUACAAGUUGACAAAGGUGUACAAUGUUAUCUUUAAUGGUGUGAGUGAAACACAGAUAAAGGAAGAGCGUCACAGAAUUUCCUCUUCUCCUUUCCUGGUAUAAUUAGGCUUUUCAAAAUGGCUGCUGCCAUUGAUGAUGUCACGGUAGACAAGGACUGCUCAGAAAAUGACGAGGACCAAAUUGAGGACCAAAUUGAGGAGCAAAUUGAGGACCAAGUUGAGGAGAAAAGUGAGGGAAACAAGAACCAGGGCUCGGAGCUCAAUGGCAUCGAAUGUGAAGUGGACCACCUGAACAUAGCCAGUAACAAUUCAGCGCAUGGGGACAGUUUGAAUUCGAGGAACACUGGAAAGAAUGAUAACCUGGCUCAGUUUGGCAUCCCUCAGUACUGCUGGACUGUACAGCUUAAUCAUAAAUUCAGUGAGAAAUGGCGGCCACUGACCAUGGUCAGACCGCAUCAGAUCAAGAGCUUUGUUCUACCGUCUGUCAGAUACGCCCAAAUGCACUUGAAGAUGUGGCGCGGAGGAAAGAGGCCUUUCAUUGAUGUGUUACAUCCUAUGAAAUUCAAACCCGUAUAUGGUGUACCGGUGGGUGGUAUCGGGUGUGGUGCAAUAGAUAGAGGCUGGAAAGGGGACUUCUGUAGAUGGUCUUUAUCUCCAGGACGAUACACUUAUGAUAAUGUGGAAUUAAAUCAGUUUACGGUGUGUGUGAGGCGAGGGGGUAAGACAGUCUACCAGCAGGUCCUGUCGCCGAACAAACCCCAUAACAAGGACCUAGCCCAGGCCUGGGAAUGGCAGUUUCCUGGUAACAGAGCGUCCUAUCAUGGUCUCUACCCCAGGGCCUGGACCAAGUACCUCCUACCGGGGCAAAAUAUCACCCUCGUUUGUCGACAGAUCUCACCAGUCUUUCCUCACAACUAUCAGGAGACUUCACUACCUGUGGGUGUCUUUGUAUGGGAUGUGUACAACCAUGGCACUGCUGCUGCAGACGUCUCUAUCAUGUUCACAUGGAAGAAUGGCACAGGCACUUCUGCUGAUAAGAAGGGAGGGAGGUGGAACACGGGGUUCUCUUCAGCCUCAACCUCAGGGGUGAUGUUCCAUGACGGACACCCUACACAACCAUGUACUAUGUGUAUAGCAGCAGCUGAUGGGGAUGAUGUCACCGUGACAACAUGUGCAUCAUUUAAUCCUUCAUCUCAACUGAAAGAGCUUUGGAAUGAUCUCAAAGAAGAUGGUCAACUCAACACAACAAAAGGACCUACUGAGCGUACAGAGAAGGGUGAAACCUUAGCAGGUGCUGUAGUAUCAUCACGCCACAUAGAACCCAAUCAACAAGGUCUCCUAGAGUUUGCUCUCUCGUGGGACAUGCCCAAGGUUCAAUUUGACAGCUGCUCGUACUUCAGGAGAUACACAAGAUGGUUUGGUCGAGACGGGGACUCAGCACUGGCCUUGUGUAGUCAUGCAUUGGAGGAGUACGGAGAUUGGGAAAAGAAUAUCAAUGAAUGGCAGAACCCUGUCCUUGAGAAUGAUCGGUUACCUGCGUGGUACAAGUCCGCUCUCUUCAAUGAACUGUACUUCAUGACGGAUGGUGGAGGGAUAUGGGUUGAUGUCGACGAGGAGUAUCCCAAUGGUGAAAACAAUGCCCACACGAGAGCGUCCUCUCUCGUCAGAGAGUAUGGCAGAUUUGGGUACUUAGAAGGUCAUGAGUACAGGAUGUAUAAUACCUAUGAUGUUCACUUCUAUGCGUCCUUUGCUCUCAUCAUGCUGUGGCCCAAGCUAGAGCUGUCCAUGCAAUAUGAUUUUGGUCAAUAUGUAGACCAUAAAGAUGAGGAUAGUUUCCAGGAUCUAUCAUCAGGAUUGAGAUCCAUCAGGAAGAGUGCUGGAUGUGUACCUCAUGACUCAGGAAACCCGGAGGAAGAUCCUUGGUUGAAGCUGAAUUGCUACUGGUUCCACGACACGGCCGAAUGGAAGGACCUGAACCUCAAGAUGGUCCUAAUGGUAUACAGGGACUACUUUGCUACCAAGGAUAGGGAGUUCCUGGACUUCAUGUGGCCCAAAUGCAUGACUGUGAUGGCUAAAGCUAACAGUCAAGACAAGGAUGGUGAUGGAUUGAUUGAUCAUUUCGGAACAGCUGAUCAGACGUAUGAUGUAUGGACAGCUAAGGGAUGCAGUGCGUAUUGUGGAGGCCUGUACCUGGCAGCUCUGAAGUGCAUGUGUGAGAUGGCUGACCUACUAGGGGAUGACAAAGCCAAGCGACAAUACUCAGAGAUACUACAGAGAGGAAAGGCCACGUAUGAGAAGAAGCUCUGGAAUGGUCGAUACUUCAACUACGACAGCAGUGACCAGAGUUACCACGACAGCAUCAUGGCUGACCAGACCUGCGGUCACUGGUACCUACGGGCCUGUGACCUGGUCCCAGAGCGGGACCAGGUCUUCCAGGUAGACCAUGUCAGGUCAGCGCUACGGACCAUCUUCGAUAUGAACGUGAUGGGGGUCAAGGAGGGUAACUUUGGGGCUAUGAACGGGAUCAGACCCAGCGGCAAGCCAGACCAUACCAGUCUACAAGGGGAGGAGGUGUGGGUCGGGACUACCUAUGGUCUCGCUGGCAAUAUGAUUCAAGAGGGUAUGUGGGAGGAAGGAUUCCGGACCGCCAAGGGAUGCUACACGACGUGCUAUGAGCAAGCCGGUCUGGCCUACCAGGUCCCUGAAGCUUACAUGUCCAAGAAGAUCUACCGAUCCCUAGGUUACAUGAGACCCCUGGCCAUCUGGGCCAUGCAGUGGGCUGUGGAGAAACGACAACAGCAAGAACAAGAACAAGCUCCAAGCAGCUAAGGGUGCGGUCAAGCGAUUUUUGAAGCUAGAAUCACAAACAUGAAUCACAAAUCAAAAUGCCGUUAAAAAACAUGGUUACUAUGGGAGAGCGUUCAAGCAAUUUUUCAUCCACUCUGAUUCUUGCUCAUUUCAAGCUCAGCCACUGCUCAUCACACUGUGCAGUUUGACCCUGGAAGUAUAGGUCAACUUCGCCGCGUGCUUUCUGUCUGUGUUUACGGUCGACUGUCGGUCAAACCGGAAGCAGGCAACGAUAAUGGCGUUAUAGAAUCAUGAUUGAGAUCUCUGUUCGUUCAAGCGAAUUUUAGGGACCGUGAUUCUGCAGAAUCAUGAUACAAAACGCAUCUUUUUCAGCAUUUCAUUUUUUUGUUUUUAAACACGUUUAGUUUGACGACCGACAAAAAAUUGCUUGAAUGCAACCGUGUUUUAAACUAAACGUCUUUGAAAACCGUGAUUCUAGGAUGAAAAAGUGUUGAUUGAACUUAAAGUCUAACCAAACCUUCUACAGUGAAACCUAGCAACAACCUGUGUAGAAAGACCAUCUGUCUAUAAAGACCAUAUUGUUUUGUUUCUCUUAAAUAAUGGUUCUCAUUCAAUCGGGUAUUAAAGGAACCUGUUCAUAAAGAGCAUCUGUCGAUAAAGACUGCUUUUCUUGCUUCCCUUGAGCAGUCUUUAUAGACAGGUUUUACUGUGUUUAUACAUGUAGUGGCUACCUGUUAUCAGAGACUUGUAUACCAGUUAUUCCUUAGAGUGUUUUAACAACAGGUUUAGCUGCGGUCUUUAUAGACAGGUCACCCUUAGUGAUGGAGAGGUCAUAUUAUUACCAGAACUGGAGAGUGGUCUUCAUAUACUGGUUUGAAUGUUCUUGCUAAAAAUCUCCACCCUUCCACAGAGAUCACCGUCCAUAUAGAAAAGCCAUAUAAUCAAAACUCAAAGAGUGGUCCUUAUACACAGGUUUCAUUGUUCUUCGCUCUGUCUUCAUAAACAUGGAUUCAUACACACUUCCAGACAGACAAGCCGUCCUAAAAUUUUAUCAGAACCCUCUAGUGGCCUUUACACGCAGGUUUGACUGUUGUAUUUAUCGGUACCGAAUAAGAAGUGCCCUUGAUCACUCAACAAAUGUCACAAUACAAGCAUUUAAAAAAAAUUUAAACAAAUCUUAAUAGCCUGGAGGCAGUAUACAUGUUGCAAGCUCUCUGUUUUUUUUUGUACACCAAAGAAACCUUUUUCCAAAGCUACUAACAAGUAUAUGUGUAUUUGUAAUACAUGUAAUUGAAAUAUUUACAAGGGGGUGUUCUUUUUCACCAUUCUGUAUUUCGAUAAACCUACAUGUCAUUGAACCUUUAUUACUUGGUUUGUAAAUCAAUUUUCAAGUCCUCUUUUGAUACAAUCAAGAAAUGAUGCCAGUUCAUUGCUGCUUAAUUCAAUGCCUUCUGAUUUAUUUGAGGCAGAUUAUGUAAAGUAAAAGGUGAUUAUCUGUAAGAAAUUUAAUCAAAAAUACGGCUUAGAUUUGUAAACUUGAAUUCAAAAAUUCAGAUUUUGGUUUGAAUUAAAUUACUGUUCAACAGAAUCAUAGUAAAUGAUUGCGUGACUGUGAAAUAAAUGUUUUAAUGUUAUUUCAUUUUUGGUUUUCUGUAGCAGGCAUUAUUUUAAGGUUGAUUGGUAUCAGAAUUAUUUAUGGUCUUAUAUCAUACGGGUUAAGAAUAAUUUUGGAUGCUGUGAAACAGAAAGGUCUACAAUUAUAUCCCAACUCUUGCCGACUUAUUGUUCUUCUCUUCCUCUCUCUAUUUGAGAGAAAAAUAAUAUUUUGAAGUGGUAAAAGAAAUACCAGGAAAAAAAAGACUAGAACUUAGAUAUGUCACUGCUUUUCUUGAAAGAAUAGUGAUAUAAUAAUAUUCUGUCUCUUGUAUGUGAUGAUUACGAGUGUUUCGUGGGGGGGGGGGGGGGGCAGCUCAUCGCAGGUACAGUAUACUGAGUUACAUGUCUCACUAUUGUUAAACCCUUUAUCAUCAUAAUUUGUGAUAUCGAAAGGGAGAUAAUUUCAUCAUGUGUAUAGUUUCUCACUGGUACUGGUACUGGUGUAUUGCUAAUAGAAAUUUUCACAGCACUUCCAUUAAAAGGAUUUAGCAGGAAUGAUUUUUUAAAUGUUAUUAUUAUACAUCUUUUACCAAAGAACAACUUCUUGAUUCCAUACUUAUGUACUACACAACAGGAUUCUGUGCUAUGAUAGAUAUAUUAAAUUGGAAAUGUAUUCUAUUUAUGAGAUUAUAUUAUAUCAAUCAACUAACUAAUGUGAUAGUAUUACUAAAGAUUAAUAAAGUAUUACUAAACUGAUUUCCAUAUUAAUUUCUUUGCAUAUCGGUUUAAUUUUUUAGGUUGUUCCAUCUUUGAUUGUAGAUUACGCUUUAUAUUUUAGCAAUUAUGAAGUGCCUAUUGUAGUAUUUAUUCAAUAUAUAUUGGUACUUUCUAUGAAUUUUUAUGAACGAUUGUAUGUAUGGUAAGUAAAAUAAUGUUUUGCAUUGAAAAACUAGCAUGUUUGUGUAAUUGUACAAGCAACAUUUUACAGAAAGAACUACAAAAUCAAGCAAUUAAUUUACCAAAGGUAGUGUAGUUUGUCAAGAUUAGUUUAGGCUUGUAGUAUAUUUCCGGUAGCACACUUUCUUCCACAAUGUACGUUCCAAUUUCAUCUCCUAUUUACUGUUCAUUCAUGUGAAUUUGCAAUCAAAAUAUGUUUCAUAAAUUGUAAACAAUGUUCUUCUUUGCUUCAGUAAACUUAAGGUGGGCUGCAGUAAUGUAUUGUAAUAAGUUAAUGUUUAGAAAGGCAGUGUUUUUUUUCUUCUCCAACUUGAUCUUUGAAAAGAAGUGUUUAAAUGUUACUUAUAAAGUUAAACCAAUCUCAAAAAAUAAAACUCGGCUUAAUAUUCAGCUCAUCAGGAUCACACAUUUAGGGUUUGCGUUUCAUUUCUGGAGUUGUGUUUUAACUUAUUUUUUUAAGUGGAUGGCCUUUUUUCUUCAUCUUAUUAUCAUUUUUUUAGGGGGGGGGGGACAAUUUUGAGCAUCAUGUGACUUGUCAGCAAAUUUGAUCUGCUAGCUUCCGUUCAUAAUGGUCCAAUAUCCUUAAUUUUACCAAUGUUAUAUGGUAUGCAUGUUUAUGCAUUUGUGUUAAUUGAUGUGAAUCAAAUUAUUUGUGAGAGAAAAUGAUAUUAUUUUGACACUGUCUGUGAUUUUAUCUGAACACAUAUCUGUAUUUCCAAAUACUUGAUCUGAAAUCUAUCGAAGUGAUUUGUAUGACUUGAAAUAUCUAUUUAAAUGUUGAUUUGUUGAUGAUGGUAUAUCUGGAAAGUUAUUUGACUGUACAUAUUUGUGAUGAUUCCAAUUAGAUUAUAUGAUUUUGAAGAGUGUAUAUUUGAAGCUAUGUAUCUUAUCAUUGUAUAUUAUUGGUAGGUUAAGGUUUGAACCCAGAUCUCUUUAUUCAUGCUAGAUUAUAGUGUUCCUUGCUUUAAUACAUUUCUUCCAUCUUUUGAAUAAAACUAUUUAUCUAGAAAGCAUGAGAAACAUGCAAGAAAUAUUGAAUUGUGUAAUAGAAAUUAAUCUCAUCUUGUUAAACCUUGUACUGAUAUUAAGUGGUAAGCUAUGGUUUACCUAUCUCUCUCUCUCUCUCUAUUUAAGAGAAUGCACUCUGCAUCUCAUAACACAAAGCUCAGUGACUACGCAUAUGACCUUUGUUGCAUGCAGUGCUAUUCAUUUACAUAUACAUAACAAAUUUUUAAAGGUCACAGUUUACUACAGUACAUCUGGACGAGCAUUUAUGUUUAAUAACGGUCAAUUAAGUACUUAAUGUUAACUGCUUGAGCAUUGAAAGUGUCUUUAAAGCCUUUGAACCUUGUUUGUGAAUGUAAUAAUGAAUGCACCAUCAACGAGAACAAAUAAAAGUGUGAUUUUUAUCUGAUUAUA